CUUCAGCCGCCCUACAGACAUCAUGGCCGAGCAGUUGGUUCUCCGUGGCACCCUUGAGGGCCACAAUGGCUGGGUUACUUCCCUUGCGACUUCCCUUGAGAACCCUAACAUGCUUCUCUCUGGUUCUCGUGACAAGACCCUCAUCAUCUGGAACCUCACCCGCGACGAGACCUCCUACGGUUACCCCAAGAGGAGCCUCCACGGUCACUCCCACAUCGUCUCCGACUGUGUGAUCUCCUCCGACGGUGCCUACGCCCUCUCUGCUUCUUGGGACAAGACCCUCCGUCUCUGGGAGCUCUCCACUGGUGCCACCACCCGACGAUUCGUUGGCCACACCAACGACGUUCUCUCCGUCUCUUUCUCCGCCGACAACCGCCAGAUCGUUUCCGGUUCCCGUGACCGAACCAUCAAGCUCUGGAACACUCUCGGAGACUGCAAGUUCACCAUCACCGAGAAGGGCCACACCGAGUGGGUUUCCUGCGUCAGGUUCAGCCCUAACCCCCAGAACCCCGUCAUCGUUUCUGCUGGUUGGGACAAGCUCGUCAAGGUUUGGGAACUCGCCUCGUGCCGCAUCCAGACCGACCACAUCGGCCACACCGGUUACAUCAACACCGUCACCAUCUCCCCCGAUGGCUCUCUCUGCGCCUCCGGUGGUAAGGACGGAACUACCAUGCUCUGGGACUUGAACGAGUCCAAGCACCUCUACUCUCUCACUGCUGGUGACGAGAUCCACGCACUCGUCUUCUCCCCCAACCGCUACUGGUUGUGCGCCGCCACUGCCUCCAGCAUCAUCAUCUUCGACCUCGAGAAGAAGAGCAAGGUUGAUGAGCUCAAGCCCGAGUACUUGGAGGUUGGCAAGAAGAGCAGGGAGCCCGAGUGUGUCAGCUUGGCUUGGAGCGCUGAUGGCCAGACUCUGUUCGCUGGUUACACCGAUAACCGCAUCCGCUGCUGGGGUGUUAUGGCAAGGGCAUAAGGGAUGUCAAUUAAGUUCGGAGUAAGGCCUUUCUUAUCUGACGAUGGUGGGGAUGAAUCAUGAUACAACAAAUUUACCUGUAGCAUGCCAUGGGGAACGAACAGUGCGGGUGGGGCUUGGAGCCGGUCAAUUCCCUUCCGGUAUUUGCACUUGAGGCGCUCAGAGUCAAUGAAAAAUUCCUUCAAUCUACGCCCACUGUUCCACACAAGAAAAAGCUUUCAAUCUUUGAGGUGAAUUCCGUUUGGGUAAAAGAAAAAUGAUGGUGGGUUUUGUUCAAGGUCUUAUGUUCGGAACCAAACUUUCGGGACUCGUUCCUCCUGGACUCAUGUACGUACCUACCUCGUUUGUGAGCUUCGGCGGCUGUGGUUCAGGAUCAGUGAAAAGGAAAAAAGCAUUCGGAUAUGGAAAAAAAUCAAGGCAUUAUAAUUAACUA